AUGUUGACUCUCGCUCAUCUUGUAACUAAAGCCGUUGCAAUGAAACCGUAUUUGGCACGUCAAAUUGCCACUACUUCCGUUCAGAAUGGCAAAUUUUUCGCCGAUGCGGAAGACAAACGUCUCGAUCAACACUAUAUGGAUAUCUUCAACGAUCCAAACAUCGACGGCUUCUUUUUGCGAGCAGCUAUGCAAGAUUUGCAUGAACUGGAUAUGAUUCCUGAUCCCGAUAUCUGUGAUGCCGUGCUACGUGCUUGCCGACGGGUGAACGAUUUUGCACUUGCCAUACGUUUUAUUGAAUCUCUUAAAGAAAAAUGUGUUCUCAGACGAUGGACUCAUAGAUGGUUAUUGGAUAAGAUUAAGCCUACGAUGAACGAGUUAGGCAUCCCUACAUUAGAGGAAAUGAAUUACGACAAACCCGAAUUGUUCGUUCCUAUGUCUGAGUGGUGGUGGGAACGAAAGUGAGUGGAGAUCAGAUGUCGGAAGGAGAUUGAACAGUUCCAGAUUUUUGAAUACAGAUCGAAUUGUGAUGAAAACUUAUGGAUAUGCAUAUUAGUUAUGAACGAAAUGAGUAUUAUUAAUAAUUAUGACAUUUCGGCUGGGUACAAAGAAUAUGGAUUCGAUAAACAUGGGUACGACUAUUGA